CUUGGAUUAGUUUACUUCCUUGAACUUUCGAUGUGAGUCAUCUUACUGCGUAUACCGUCAAUUGUUGAAUUAUUGUACAACGUAGGAAUAAUUUUACACCGUGAUUGGCGACUACUGAUGGUAAAUGUGGUGAUCGGGCUCAGUUGGAAGGUUGUUCAUCAAACGAAGGGCGGUUCUGUUUCAUUGGACCUAUUUUGACGUGAAACCUCCCAAUCAGAAUUCCAAGGAAAUACACGUUUGGGACGAACCGUUUGCAAAGUGGGUGUUGUUGCCUCACGUUUGCGAUAUGGCAGGAAUGUUCGAUUCGCAAGAUAGAAAUUCGUGGUAUUUUAGAGCAUUGUCCCGCACUGAAGCUCAGCGAUACCUCCUGGGUACCAGACAUGGACGAUUUUUGGUGCGGGAUAGCAAGACAUGCCCAGGAGACUAUGUGUUGUCAGUCAGCAUCAGUGCAGUCCAUCAAUACUGUAUUGAUGGACUGAGGUGGUUUAACAGAACAAUUUUACAAACUAUGUUGUUAUUAUUGUGCUGUUAUUAUCACACUGUCAUGGGAGUGGUUACUCUAAAUGUUCAUGCCUUUAUUUCUCAGUGUCCGCGGGAACUCUCACCACAGCAGCCACAACCACCUCUGCUGCCACCUCCAGUAGCACCACCAACCCAACCACAAGAUGACAAAUAUUACAAGGCUUUGUUUGAGUUCCUAGGAAGGGAUCCAGACGACUUGCCGUUUAAAAAAAAUGACAUUCUAUUAUUGCUGAACAAAGAUGAAGAAAAUUGGUGGACCAUGAAGAGCCUGACAUCAAACAGGACUGGGUCAGUCCCUGUGCCAUACAUAGAAGAGUGUGCAAAUCCUAAUGAAGUCAUAUAUAGGCCAAUUGUCCCUCAUAAUGGACCUGUCAAGGCAGUUGUUACACAGCAAAGAAUACCCAAUGCUUAUGACCCCCAGGCCCUUAAGUUGGAGGUUGGAGCUAUACUGACGGUGCUUGAACAGAAUAUCAAUGGUCAAUGGAGGGGAGAGUUGAAUGGUAAAGUUGGCACUUUCCCAUUCACACAUGUCAGGAUCUUACAAGACAGUGAUAUGGAUAGUUAGAACUAAGACGAACGCAAAAAUACAGAGAUAUUGGACUCUUGUAGUAUUAAUGUAGUCUGACUGCAUUUCUCCAGGCACUGGAUGAGACAACCUGAUAGUUGUAAAUUGUCUGUAAAUAUGCUGUGAAUACACUCUGUAAUGUGAUCUUAAGAUAGUUAAUGGUAAUGCUGUUUGCAGUACCUGUUGUGGGUUUUCAUGUGAUGUUGGCAGUGUUCUCUCCAGAUUUUCAUUGACACAGGUGAAUGCAGACCACAUUUAUGUAAAUGUAAAUGUUAAUGGUUCACAGUUUAUAACAACAUUGGCACCUUGAGAUUACCAUGAAUGCAUUCAUUGCUAGUGAAACGUAGAGGUAUUUAUGUAUCAACUCCAAAUGUUCAACAAGCUGAUGACAGAAGGCAAGUCACACUGUGAACCUUCACAAGACAAGACCAGUUCAAGGCAUCAAAUAAAUUGGGAAAUAUAUAUACAUCAGUCAGAAACUAUUGAACUUUGAAUUAAUUCUAGAAUGUAGCAUCAACUUGAUAACCUUGGCCGGUAUGAUGUAUAACAUUAAACGCACUGGAAAACAAGGAUGCAGCAGUAAAUGUUGUGUAACAUGCUUAACACUAAUCACAUUUACUUACUAUGACUAUGUAUACUGCCUGUCAAAAUAUGUGU